UCCCAUUGCUGCUUUUUCUUAAUCAUUUCAAAAUAUAGAUUGAGUUGUAUAAGAGAAACAUUUUUAUCUUGAAAAAGAAGUUGUAAUUUGGUCUGUUUUUGGUUUUUAUUCUUCAACUAGGCGUGUUUUACUAUGUGAUUGGACUGGAGACUGUCUUUCCCAUCAUGCAAUCCUGGUCAGAAAAGCAAAAGAUAAAGAGUGGCUAAGGUGGAACAUAUUUUUCUUUGUUUGUGGCUUGUUUUUCCUCGAUUUCAGUCACUUAACUAAACCGAAGCCUCGACGACGUGUCCAGCAUUAGCCACAUUACGGACUCAAACAUCAGUUUUCGAGUCUUAGCACUCGUUGAAAUUUUGCUACCGACUUUAGCCUAGCUUAGCCUAGCCUAGCCGACCAACCGCUAACAGAGCUGCAAGGCACGUCGUCAAGCGUUCAAAAAAAUGUCCGGGAGAACGACAGCGGGUGAGGAGGAACUAUGUGGAGUAAAAGAGGAGCCCCCACAUCACCAACACUGGACUUUGUGCAAAACAAUGGACGCAGAGGUUGUUCUUCACAAUCUAGAAGAUGUCAGCCAAGCUCAUCUUCCUGAGCACCAGGAGUCUGCAUGCAUCAAGGAGGAGGAGGAAGAGUCGCCAUGCUUCAUGGAGGGAAAAGACUUCAUACACCUUCAAGCUUUCAGAGAAUAUCUUAGGGCUGAGCGGCAGGAGCCAGAAUCUCAUGGCGUUAAAGAGGAUGUUGAGCUCCCCCAAAUCAAAGAGGAGGAGCAGCCAGAGCCUUGUCAACAAAAGCAGCUUCCAAUCAAACAGGAGGAGGAGGAAGCGCUGCCUUAUGUUAAAGAGGAGGAAGGUAUCAGCAGGGCGACUGGUGAGCCCUUGAAGAGUGAAGAUGGUCUGAUUGAGAUCAGCAGAGGGGCGGAGCCUUCGAUCGGCAGCAGCAGCAGCUGCAACUCAACCAAAGGACUGCAAGCGGACAGAUUCACCGCUCCAUUAUCAGAUAGCGAAGACGCCAUGUCACACUCGCCUGACAGUGAUGAUGAAGGUCAUAAGAAAGCCGACAGUGACGACAAAUGCAAAUGCUCUCAGUGUGGGAAAACCUUUGCUACUAAGCAAAGUUGUCUUAGGCAUAUGAGGAGGCACACUGGUGAAAAACCUUUUGUCUGCUCAGUUUGUGGUCAAAGAUUCAGUCGCAAGUGCGCCUUAAAAUUACACGAAAGAACCCACACGGGAGAAAAACCGUUUUCCUGCUCAGUUUGUGGUCAAAGGUUCAGUCGCAAUAGCAGCUUAACAGAUCACACACGAACCCACACGGGUCAAAAGCCUUUUUCCUGCUCAGUUUGUGGUCAAAAAUUCAGUCGCAAGAGCAGCUUAACAGAACACAUACAAACCCACACUGGCGAAAAACCUUUUUCCUGCUCAGUUUGUGGUCAAAGAUUCAGUCGCAAGAACUUCUUACAAAUACACAAAAGAACCCACACGGGAGAAAAACCUUAUUCCUGCUCAGUUUGUGCUCAGGGAUUCAGUCACAAAAACACCUUACAAUUACAUGAAAGAACCCACAUGGGAGAAAAACCUUUUUCCUGCUCCGAUUGUGGUCUAAGAUUCGCUCAAAAGCCAAACUUAAAAUCACACGCGAGAACCCACUCCGGGGAAAAACCUUUUUCCUGUUCAGUUUGUGGUCGAAGAUUCAGGCAUAGGAACACCGUAAAAUUACAUGAACGAACCCACACAGGAGAAAAACCUUUUUCCUGCUCAUUUUGUGGUCAAAGAUUCUGUCAGAGUAGUACCUUAAAAGUACACGAAAGAACCCACACGGGAGAAAAACCUUUUUCCUGCUUAGUUUGCGGUAAAAGUUUCGCUCUAAAGCAACACUUGACAACACACGAAAGAACCCACACAGGUGAAAAACCUUUUACAUGCUCAGUUUGUGGUCAAGGAUUCGCUCAAAGGUCAAAUUUAAAAUCACACGAAAGAACCCACAACAGAGAAAAAUUUGUUUCCUGCACAGAUUGUGGUCAAAGAUUCAGUCACAAGAACACCUUAACAUCACACAAAAAAACCCACACGGAGAAAAACCUGUCUCCUGCUAGAUUCAGUCACAAGAACACCUUACAAUCACAAUCUUUUCAAUUUGAUGUCUCACCCUAAUAUAGAUGUUUGUGGGAAAAGAAAAAAUAACAUGAAUGGCUUUGUUCUUAACUGUCCUUCAGUUGCAGCUCACAUGGUACAUUCCAUUACUAUUCAUAGUCAGUUUGCCAAUAUAGAAAUGCAAAGUUUGUUAUUCAUGCAGUUUGUGCAGGUAUUAGGCAACCUAAUGGCACAAGUUGAGUACAGCACCUCCCAUGUUUUCAUAUCCCCAAGUACCUUCAUUUGGUCGAAAGAUCGCUCAUGUAUAAUAGCGUCCCGCACGAAUGCUAUUUUAGACCGUGACGUCGCAUCGUAAAGCGGACGUAAAGCGAAAGUUAUAGACCCCCCCCUCUCGCAUAGAAACAAUGUUAAUUCUGCUACUUUUCUCCAGUAAUGUUUCAAAAAGGAACAUGCCGAUCAAACACUGCUGCUAUGAAACUUGUAGAAACGACUUUAGACAUUAUGACAUAUGAAGGAUGUUUUCUUCAUACAUGUCCCGAAAUCCAAAACACGGAGGAAAAAAUGAGAAGAAUUAAUCAACUUGCGCGGACUUUUAACUAGGGCUGUCCCAAACGACUAAUUUCCUUCCAAUUAGUGAGCCAACUAUUUUUACGAUUAGUCGACUAAUAAUUUUUUUUUUUACUACUUUAAUAAUGAAAUUUUUGUUGAAGCUUAUUAAUUCACAAAAAACAUUUCGGAACACCUAAAUUCUUUAUUAAUAUAAAGUAACUAACAUUAGUGCAGUCAUGGAAUACAGUAAGCAGGCCAGUGCUGCUUCAAUAUAUAUUUUUAUUGUGUAUAUACAGGAUAUAUGUAUAUAUUUUCCCCAAGUGGGAGCGUCCAUGAUCCUAAUAAAUUAAAUAAUAAUUAAAUUAAAUAUUAUAUAAUUUUAUAUAUAUAUAUAUAUAUCAUAUUAAUUAUUUUAUCAAAUAAAAAUGCAUGUUGAUAUGACGCACAUAAAGGCAACUUCCAUUUAAAAAAAAUCGUUAGAAAGUUGUAUGGAUUUACAAUCCACUAGCUUGUUGUUUCUUGUUGUCUUUGAAAAUUACACUUAGGUGACGGCGCUUCAAGUGUUCUUUCAUAGUCGACGUGCUACCGUGGUAUGCGAGCUCAGCUUAGCAAAGAGUACACACAGUGGCACCCUCCAUAUUUUCCUUGAAAUAAUUCCAGGCUCUGGCUAUUCUGGUCCGCUUUUAUGGCUUUAUGCCGCUUUCACCGUGUUACCAAUUCUGCCCUCUUUGGUAAUUGGCGGUGUUUUCAACUCCUCGCCGUAUUGAGGAGUGAACCGGCGAUUCACUUGGCUAGUUGUCGUUGGUUCAUCCGAUUUCCUCCUCAGGAGGGCGGCGGCGUGCAUAAAAACACCGAGAGGCGUCGGAUGGCUUUUUAUGGAUAUUUUUAUUGACCAAAACAAAAUGUAGGGGAUGCAGCCACUUAACUCAGCGCGACCCGCGCACUUUCUCAACUCGCCUAUCUCGCUCCCUCUCUCGCUCACCCACUUUCUUCCUCUCUGCUCAAUCUUACAAUGCCGGUCACAUUGAGAAUAACAGCGGCCCCCUUGGGUGUGCCAGACUGCCAGUAACAACCGCUUGCAUCGCGAGCGCCCGCCAUUCUAAACUUUAUCCGCAUGUAAUUUUUUUCAACCCGUGAUUACCCGUCGACGGUAUGUUUUGCCUGUCGACGCUUUUACGUCAUCGAUGAUGUCGACAACGUCGACUAGUCGGGACAGCUCUACUUUUAACGCCAGCUCGGUGAAGCUAGGGUAAAGCCAUUCACAUUUCAUAUGCAUUAAACAUUUUGUUGGGUUGGCAUGCUCCUUCAGAGGACAAAGAAGUAAGCCAUUUUGAUAUUUUUAACUUAUUAUUUAGUGUGGCGUUGUGCCGUGCUGCUCCUGUCUGACAAUGAAGGACCUGAGAAAGAAUUAAAAUGGUAUCUGACUGCCACUGUUACCUUUUCUGUUGUAAAAAUAAUAAUAAUAAUAACAACUUUAGUAUGGGGGAGGUGUAAAUAAAUUUUAGAAUUAUGAUUUGUUAUUAAUGAAAAAAUUAAGUGUUCGUUGGCUGUCAAUGAGUAGCAUUGUGAUCGCUACACAAAAAUAUCAAUGUAAAUUGCCCAAAAGAACGAUCAGAGUGUUAACUUAAGACAACCAGAUGAUAUAAUAUACAGGGCAUAUGGUGGUAAAGGAUAGAUUGUUGAAACAGGAGAAUGUCAUUGUCAGUCGCGUAAGAAAAAGGUGUUGAUUAAAAAGCUAAGGCUAUUCUUAGGUCCGCUCGUUUUUUUUCUCGUCAUUUUCAGCCCUCGACGCUCAAGCCAUCUCCAAGUGUGCGUUAUUUUGUUUUGACUAAAUUCUUGUGAUUUUGUCCAAAGUAUGGCUUUUCCUUUGAAGUGUGAUAACUAAGUCAUUUCUGAUUUUUUUCCCCCUUUCAAUCACUCAAAAUGUUCAGUGGAAUCAGACCUACAGUGCCUUGCAAAAGUAUUCGGCCCCCUUGAACCUUGCAACCUUUCGCCACAUUUCAGGCUUCAAACAU